AUGGCUAGAACUACUUGGCUCGACAGACUUCAAGAGCAGGUCAAAAUCGAUAUUGACUGCAUGGACCCAGCAGAAGCAAGGCGCUUUCUUCCAUUCAAGCCGCAUGAUCAGACAAGCAACCAGCGUUUGGUCUACGAGCAGAUGAUCUCUCCUGAGAAUCGUGAACUCUUCCUCAAGACAGUCAAGAAAGGCAAAGACGAAGGAUGGGAGGUCAUCCUCAACCGAAUGAGCGCCCUUCUCUGCGCCAAGAACAUCGACAACCUUCAAGGCCGUGUUCUUCUCCAAGUCUCAGCCAACCACGCCUACGACACCGAGAAGGUCGUAGCCCAAGCUCGCUCUUACGCCCACGAAUUUGAGAAACUUGGCAUUUCCAAGGACCGCAUCUGUAUCAAGAUUCCAUCGACUGGACCUGCACUCAACGCAAGUCCCAUUCUUCUCAAGGAAGGUAUUCGGACUUUGGGUACUUCUCUCUUCUCUGUCGUCCAGGCUAUUGCGGCUAGCCAGGCGGGGACGCUUUCUAUCAGUCCUUACUAUAAUUUCCCGUGGUUUCAUGCCGAUCGCAAACAGUGGCCUGAUGUUGAGGACCCUGCUCUUGAACAUCCUAUGUCGCCAAGAAUUGUGCAGAUUCAACAGGUAUACAAGCGGCUUCGAGAGGAAACUGGUCGUGUUCAGCCGCUUCUGAAGCCAGCGAGCUUCAUAUCGCCACAGGAGGUCAUGGCUAUGGCAGAAUUCGGCUGCGACCACGUCACUGUCCCUGAAGACAUCAUUCUGCAGCUAUCCCUCCUCGAUGCAGAAGAGAAUCCACCACCAGGCAAUGAGUCUCUAAAUGGAGGCAUUAGACCUUCACAGCGCGUCGCUCAUUUGGCCAGGACUGACCCUCUCGCUGGGUCGGACUGGGAUGGAAACCUUCCGUCAACUGAAGUAGAUUUCCUCGCCAAUAACGGUGCGGCGCUUGAGGAGGCCAUCGCUGCUGACCCUGUGACAAAGAAGGGACUUUACGAAGCGCUUGAAGCAUUUAAGCAAAACGAGCUCCAAAGCCGAGAUGCCAUUGAGGAAGUUAUGAAGCAGUUCUGA